AUGGAUGUCUCAUGCCAGUGCGGCGCUAUCUCCUUCAAGACGCCCCUCCCAAAGCCUCUGGCGGUCUACAUCUGCCACUGCGAUGAAUGCCGUCGCCAAUCCUCAUCCGCUUUCGGCUGUUCUGCUAUCUUUCCAAAGUUUCCCUUGCCCUGUAAAGAUAUGUUGUCUUGCUAUUCAAGACCAACUACAACAGGUCAUCAAUUGAACUGUUAUUUCUGCAGAAACUGCGGCACGCGUGUGAUUCACAGCACGCCCGGCAAAGAUGUGGUCUCUGUCAAGGGCGGUUGUAUCCAAGGUUUGGAUUGGAAAUCUGCCAGACACAUCUGGUGCAAGAGAGCUAUGGUGCCUAUUCCUGAAGGGGUGGAGCGGGAUGAAGAGGAGCCGAGUGAAGAUCUGUACGGUGAUGCAGUUGGUAGUGGUGGCUCCAGAAAUGACCUGCUGAAGGGGGUUUGGGGUAAGCUUAAGGGCAAGAAGCCUAGUGAUGGUGGUUCGGCAAGUUGA